AUGGGCAAUGUUAUAAAAUCCUUCUCUCCCGGAGAUAGUGAGGAUGUCAAGUUGGACUCGAUGGGAUCACCCAAUAGUGGUGGACAACCACACUCAUCAUCAGGAAAUUCAAAGAGCCACAUUACCGUUUUGUUGCUGGGAGCAGGUGAAUCAGGAAAAUCUACAUUGUUCAAGCAAAUUCAAUUUGCCCAUGGCGUUGGUAUUGCCAACGAUGAGGAAAGGGCCGAGCUCAAGGAAAUUGUACGACUCAAUGUGAUUGAAAAUUCUCGGAAUUUAAUUGCUGCAACUCAAUAUUUGAAUUGUCCAAUUGAACAACCAGAAAAUAGAGAAACAGCCAAGAUUGUGGUAAAUUCAUUGACUACAUCUGAUUUGGAUGAUCCUAAAUGGGCUAAAAAACUUCAUGAUCUUUGGAAAGAUGGUGGUAUUCAAAAAGCUUAUGCGAAUAGAGACCAAUUCCAAUUGUAUGACUCAACCGAAUAUUUGUUUGACAUUAUUGACAGAAUUUGUACAGAGAAAUAUGUCCCAACAGUGGUAGAUGUGAUUCGAACACGCACGAAAACGCUAGGCAUUACAGACAUGAAGUUUGAUCUAGGAACAGGCAAGCUGUUGCGUUUAGUGGAUGUUGGUGGCCAACGUAACGAAAGAAGAAAAUGGAUGCAUUUAUUUUCUGAUGUCGACGCUGUAGUAUUCAUGAUAUCCCUCUCAGAGUUUGAUUUGAACUGCUAUGAAGAUACUGGAUUUUGGCGAGUGAAAGAAAGUUUGAAAGUAUUUAAUGAAGUUGUAAAUAACCCAUUGUUCAUGAAGAUUCCAUUUGUACUUGUGUUAAAUAAGCGAGAUUUAUUCACACAAAAGAUUACUCAAAAGAGUUUUACCAAAUACUUUUCAAAUUUCACUGGAGACGAGAAGAAUCCUGCAGACUGUAUCGAAUACAUGUCAAAACUCUUUAUGAAUGAAAUCACUGAGCAUUCACUCGACAGUGUGACUGUAAAAACUCUCUCAGCUAUUGACUUUGAAAAUACCAAACAAGUAUUUGAGGAGGUGAAGCAAUUUAUAUUGGAGCAACAUAAGAAUAUUAAUGAGUUGUAA